AUGAUGAUGAUGAUGAUGAUGAUGAUGCUGAUGAUGAUGAUGAUGAUGAUGAUGAUGACGAUGAUGAUGAUUGAAUGGCUUAUCAUUAAAACAUGUCGAUCGUUUCUGGACCCGUUCGAGGUGUUCAAAGGGGAAAUUGAGGAGACCAUCCACAAGAUUCAAAAGGCCAUCUCUAUCCUCAAAUACUUCAGAUCCAUUUACGCCCAAUAUGCCAAGCACAGGGUGGCCAAGAUGUUCGCAGCCGCGCACCCACAACAGAAUACAACUGACACGAACAACAGUGAUGGCGAACAAGCUGCGACUGCAGCAUGGAGUUUCCCAGAUGAACUUGUUUUCUACAAGUUUGAUGCUUUUCUCCAACGGCUUCAUGUUGUAAAGGGCAUCAUAGAAAUGGCGAUCGAGUUUCUGAAGCUGGAGAAGAUGGAGUUGAGUGGGGUGAAUGGGAAGAUGCUGUCCAUGAGUGUGGGGGGAGUGUACGAGGCAUUCCAGCAACACUUCAAGAUAUUCACGGAGAACAACUACGAUAACCUCGAUCCCACCAACCACCUAUUCGACAGAGAUCUACAACGGUUUGAGGAAAAGAUGGCAGACUUAGACCGAAAUUUGGGGUCGCUUGUUUGUCAGGGUUUCGACGAUCUCGACAAUGUUGAAGACAUUUUCAAGAUGAUGGACUGCUUUGGAAAUGUAAUGGAUAGACCAGCGAUACAACUGGACGUACAGAGUCGCUUGCCAGUCACUAUCAAGAUGUUCAGUGCUGAGCUGGAUCGGGUGAAGCUGGUGUAUGAUGCGCAGAUGCAGACCAGGGCUAGUAAUCCCAACGGUGUUCCGGUGCAGCGUAAUUUUCCCUCAGUAGCUGGACAGGUCAAGUGGGCGAGGGAACUUUGCGCCCGCAUCUCUCGCCCAUACAACAUGUUCUGCCAGCCAGAACAACAAGAUGAAUGGAGAACCGAUAUGAAAAAAUUCAUGGAACAACCCAGGGGACAAGAAAUGCAGGCCAAGUACAAAGAGAUGAUGCAACUGCUCCAAAAUACCUGUCAGUUCUGGGCCCUGGGCAGGGAGAUUCCGCCGAGAGCGAAGGAAAUGUUUGAGAAUGUGGACAUGUACCUCAAGUACUCACAGAAUCUGGACCUGCUGGUCACCUGCUACAAUCGCAUUCAACUCAGCAGCAGCCCCACCCUGUCUGCCCUUUUGAGAGGGGAGAUGGAGCAGAUAGACAGUCUGCUGGUGCGAGCAGAGACCAAUCUCAACUGGAAGAGUGCAGGAUUAAAUGUGGUAUCUUUUAAGAAGUGUGGAGCUACAUAG